AUGAAUUUUCGAUCACCUUUAUGCCGAGGAGCCACUGUGGUGAUCGCAGCUUUAUGCCGAGGGGCCACUGUGGUGAUCGCAGCUUUAUGCCGAGGAGCCACUGUGGUGAUCGCAGCUUUAUGCCGAGGGGCCACUGUGGUGAUCGCAGCUUUAUGCCGAGGGGCCACUGUGGUGAUCGCAGCUUUAUGCCGAGGGGCCACUGUGGUGAUCGCAGCUUUAUGCCGAGGGGCCACUGUGGUGAUCGCAGCUUUAUGCCGAGGGGCCACUGUGGUGAUCGCAGCAGGGACGAGAACACACUGCUACAUCUUUGCUCGUCUCAAGUGGGACUGA